AUGACAGCUGGUGGCAUCGAUGUGAGUGGCGACGGCAGCGGGCAAGUCCCAGGCACUGAUGGUAAUCCCAGCAGGAAGAAUGGUGGUGCCCUUGCGGUGGAGACACCAAAAGGAGCGUUGGCAGCCUGCGAUGCCUCAGGUUAUAGGGGCAUAGGAGGCACAACAAAUGGGGACCCAGGUGGUGUCGGCGGUGGCCUGGAUUGCGUGAAGGAUGGUGACGCCCAUGGAGCUGGGGCUAGUGCUCUUUGCGCUAGUCUGGGUGAGAACAGUGAAGAGAUGGGCGAUGACCAAGCAUUGGGUGAUGAUAGUCAGCUAUUGGGUGGCGCCAGGUUUACGAUGGGCGACAACAGCUUCGACUUGGGCAACAUCCAUGUUGCCUCUAAGGACUCAAGUGGCUUCGAAGGUGGAUGGGCCAACAGCCUAGGCGACACCACAGGCACUGGCUUCGACAGUGGGAAACUAAGUGACGACGAUAGGUUAGGCAACUCCCUGGGCAUGCUAGGUGGCGCUAAAAGAAAGGGGAACGAGGCGGGCAUUGAUCCACUUGGCGCGCUGGGCACUAGUUUUGGCUUGGGUGACGCCAGCCUAGGAGCUGAGUCAGGUCUGGGCACCGCUAGGUAG